AUGAACGACCGACGAGAUGAUGGGUUUGGGUUUGGUGGAGACGGAGGUGUUGAUGGCUCCAACUUUGGUCGUGGCGGGGAUGACGGAAGAGGGAUGGAUAUGUUCACGGUGCUGGACGCCAUGAUGGCUGAGAUGAUGGGCAGCAUGAACGUUGGCCUCGCUGGCGGGCAAGGCGGACUUGGGAUGAUGGGCAUUGAUGAUGAUGAUGAUGACGAGAGCAGCGCGCGCUUCCACAUUCUCGACAGCAGCGAUGAUGCCACAAGAAUACCACGAAGCGGCAGCGGCACAAGUCCACGAGACAGGCUGCUGCGUCCACAAGGGGGAAACCACACCGCAACUACAGGCACACUGGUUGGCAGCAGCAGUGGCAAUGUUGGUGGCGCAAAUGAGCCGUCUUCCAUCCCUUCCAUUUUCGAUGCUGCACGCCACGGUGAUCAGCGGCUGCAGCCACCACCGCCGUCAUUCUUUCCAUUUGGACCUUCGCUGCUGGAGCAAAUGUUAGGCCAAGGCCACGAACCGCGCACGCUGGACUCGGUUGGGGGCAUGUCCCCGGCGGUGUCCUCGUCAAGCACGUUUGUGAGUGUGGUUCAGAAUGGGCGGGAAACGAUUCGCAAAGAGACGCGGACCGUCAACGGCGAAACCGUGACGGAGGAGACGCGCACGUGGGUGGAUGAGGACGGACAGCAGCGCUCAACAACAUCAGUGCUGACAUCGGGCGGGGCCCAGCCAGCACGGCCCAUACUGGGCGGGCCCGAGACACCCGCAUCCCGCCUUGGCGUCACGCCCAACAACGCCAACAGCAGCAGCAGCAGCAACGACGGCAGCAAUGGUGGUGGGGCUCGUGUCUUCAACGCACCGCAACCACCGCAGGCCAACAGCGCCGCAGACGUUCCUUUUACCACCAAGGCGGUUCACUUCCUCUCCGCUUUGUUUGGCAAAUGA